AUGCUGAGAGGUCCACCACCAGAGAUCAUGUCUAAUAAUGGUGAUGGUGCGACCUUCUUUACAGUUCUUGCUGUGGCUCUUGCCCUCUACUAUGUGGUCUCUGGGAGGUCUAGGAACUUCGAGGAACAAAUGCAGCAGCUUGGAGAGAUCACUGAGGAGGAGUUGAAGCAGUACGAUGAGUCUGAUUCUACCAAGCUCUGCUCAUGGCAAUCAAGGGUCAAAUCCAUGAUGUGUCAGAGCAGGGUUGAUUCAGAUGAUAGAUUGCAUAUAAGGUUGGAUCCAAAUGACAAUUUUGAAGUUGAGGGGAUCCAAAUCCUUGGUGUUUGCGAUUCAGUUCUGAUGUUAUAUGGGUCAGGGGGGCUAUAUGCAAUGUUGGUGGGGAAAGAUGUUAGUAGAGCUCUGGCAAAGCUGUCUGUUGAAGAGGAAUAUCUAACGGGGGAUAUCUCUGAUCUUGGUGAAUUUGAGCUUGGUGUCUUACAAGAUUGGGAAUACAAGUUUAUGAGAUCAUACGUUAAGAUUGGAACUGUCAAAAAGACAAUACCAGUAACCAGUGCAUAA